AUGGAUGCCGCAGAGGCGUCCUGGAUUGAGCAUGGUGUGGAACCUAAUGUCAAGAAGAUUGUAGACAAUGCAUUGGGCGAGGAGAUACAAGGCUACUAUGUACAUCCUCAAGGUCACUGGGUAGGCGUUUCGUUGGAGAAACGACGCCAUUUAUUCCAGUCUACAAUCCAUGUGUUGCAGUUGAAGACAGUCCUGGUAGGGGUCAUUGACAGGCUGAUUGGAAAGCACGGGCUUGUUCAUUCAGCUCGGCCGUGCUUGAGGUCUAUCUUCGAGUACAGCUACGUUUGGCUGGCUUCAAUCCGUGGGUGCAGGCGGGACAAAGUGCAGAUUCCCGAUAAAGUUGGGUUGGAGCUAGCGGUCUCAGACAUGGUUUUGCCCUUCAGUAGUUUCGACUCUGCUGAUUGGAGCUGCCGGUUGGAGUGUACUGAUGCUUCGAUGUCUGGUAUUGGUCGUGCCUGGGGAGUCGUGCCUAAACACGUGGUGCAAACUAUUGCAAGGUAUUCUGAUCACGGUCGCACAUACACCAACUUGUCACUUCGACGGGGCAUUGGCCUCACGGUAGAGCACAAGUGCCCGCUGAGACGAGUCAGGAUUCCGGUUGAGCGCAUAAAGUGGCAUCGCAUUCGGGCGCCCUGA